AUGAAUCUAGAGGGCAAGAACGUACAUCCAUUCUUUACUAAGCCUUCCAGCGGCCACGUACCAGAAACGUUACCAUUCGCGAACGCAACCCCCGUCGACGAUACCCACGAUGACGCAGAAUACGCCGAGACAGAUCCCAUUUCAGCUCAAGGGCAGAAGAAGAGGUCACGAAAGACCGAUCUAGCCAAGGGCAAAACGGUCGCUUCUCACACGAAGAACCAAGCGUCUCUAGACAGAUUCACUCGCCCAUCGACAACGAAGAAUGCCCACGAAGCCAAUGUAAAUGACAAUAACGCACCUGUGGAGGCUUCACUAGAGAUAGAUCCAAACCAAGAACGAAGAAAAAGGCAGAAGACCGCCUCACCGGAGCCUCUUUCCCAUCCACCGAGGUCGGCGCAGUCCGAGCCAUUUGCUGCUAAUUGGCAUCAGCAACUGCAGGUGGAAGGUGGGAGGUCCGACGGGGUGCAAGAAAUUUUUGAACCGCUAAUUGGGAUGGAUGAUACAUCAGCGAAUGCGGUGCGGGAACAAGUGGUUCAUUUGGAGCAAGCUGUGAAGCCUGACACAUUACCUAAGGCAGACCUGAGCAUUGCCGCUGACUCCGUCGCAAACGAGCCGACAAAGACGACGCCGAAGAAGCAGAUACGAAUCACCAAGAGCGGCAGAUUAGUAUCCAGUCCACCAAAGCCAGCAUUCGAUACAGUAGCGUCACCAAAGAAAAGACGGGGUCGGCCGCGCAAGGAAGCCAAGAUAAUCCCCACGGUGACGGUCAUACGGUACGGUACAGAUGAAGCCAGUCAAGCUACCUUAGGUCAGAAGAUUGCAGAUAUUUUGAACGGGAAGAAGAAAUUGGCAGCGCGUCCAGCGACCCAAAAAAAGGCACCAUCGAAACCCGCAGGGCCGACGCAUCCCUUCUUUCUCGGCAAGACUAAAGAUGCUCCUCCAGCCAAGGUCAUUAGAGAGCUGCCACCAGCCACCCCAAGGAAGAGCGCUUGCACUCCAGGAAAACUGCGUGCUGAGGCUCAAAGAGACCGAUCGCCUGACGGACCGCCAGCUUUUAGCCGAGGGUUGCAGUCGAGUAGGAUGGGGAAACAAUCUGGUUUGAACGAAGUCUCCUGGCCUACCGGCGAGAAUGCCCAUGUCCGCAACCUAGAUUCUCCAUCACCGCGUCUGGACAACGCAACAUGUAUGCAGUUGCCUCUAAGACCUCGCAAGCUGAAGAAGGCUGUGGUAAUACUUCCAGAACACGAGAAUGUGGUUGCGAGACUGGCACAAGAUCUCGGAGGUCGCAAAGCGAGUAAAGAUCGGUCAACUUCUGAGUUUGAACCUCCCAAAGAUGUUCGUCUACCCAAAAGGCUGCUUACUACCGGAGCAGAGAUACAGCGCAGAGUGCGUGAACAGCUGCUGGUUCGAUUGUCUUCGUCAGGAAUACCACAGGAUGCUCGACAAACAUCCCACCCAGCCGUUAGAGAUCUCUUCCAAGGGAUUGAGAGCACUCUCACGCCGUUUGAUGAAGGAAGAUGCGAGUCUCAACCCUGGACUCUGAAGUACUGUCCCAAGUAUGCGUCACAUGUCUUGCAGACAGGCACGGAGGCAGCGGUUCUCAAAGACUGGUUGCAAAGUCUGACGGUCAUGGCGGUAAGUGGUACAUCGAAAGUGGCUACUACCCUAGAUGUAAAGCAGCCGCCACGAAAGAAAAGAAAGAAAGCUCUAGACGACUUCAUCGUGCCGGACGAUGAAGGAGAUGAGGAUGAGGACAUGGUCAUGCUUCCUGUUGCGGAAGGGGCAGGCUUCGCGCCUUCAAGAUCUUUCCGGCAACCGCAAUGGAUACGUAACAAUAAUGUCGUGCUCAUCAGCGGCCCUCAUGGCUGCGGUAAAAGUGCAGCUGUAUAUGCUGUGGCGAAAGAGUUGGAUUUUGAGGUCUUUGAAAUCCAUGCUGGUAUGCGUCGUUCGGGGAAAGACAUUCAAGAUAAAGUUGGCGAUAUGACCGCGAACCAUUUAGUGAAUCACAAACGCAGCGCAGCAUCUGUGCAAGAGACUUUUCAAGCGACGGAUGAUGCAGACGACAACCAGAUAGAUACUGCUCUAGAGGAUGACAUCAGUAGCGGACGGCAAGGGACUAUGACAUCCUUCUUUCAAACAAAACCUGGAGCAGGGGCGGUCAAACCGAAGAUCAAAACAAAGACUACGGAGCUCAGCAAAGCCCCAGAACCCGCAGGUCAAGCCACGCUUCCCAUGGCACAAGCAUCGCGUAAAUCGCAGAAGCAAUCGUUGAUCCUCAUCGAAGAGGCCGAUAUACUUUUCGAGGAGGACCAGCAGUUCUGGGCUCAGAUUACCAAAAUCGCCUCUUUGUCGAAACGUCCAAUCGUUAUCACAUGCAACGAUGAGCGACAGAUACCCAUGCAAGAUCUGCCAAUAGCGGCCAUCCUCCGCCUUCAACCUGCUCCCGUGGAACUGGCCACUGACUACUUGCUUGUCCUUGCUGGUAGGGAAGGUCAUGUACUGGAGCGGCAGACUGUGAGAGAGCUGUACGAAUCGAAGGACCACGACCUGAGGGCUAGCAUCAUGGAACUUGAUUUCUGGUGCCAGAUGUCUGUGGGCGAUAGGAAGGGUGGCCUAGAGUGGAUGUACCAACGUUGGCCACCCGGCAAAGACACAGACGAGCAUGGCCAAAUACUGAGAGUCGCCAGUGAAGGCACAUAUAAAUCUGGCAUGGGCUGGCUAUCACACAACGUCUUCGAAACUCAAGACAACCCAGUGUUUGACAAGGAAGAAGAACUUUUGCAGCAAGUCUGGGCGGACUGGGGUAUCAGUCCGUCGGCUUGGGGAGUUCCUGAAGCAAGUGGUCAACAGCCAUCUAGAGAGCAGAGCACCGAGUGGUUCGAUCAGUUGGGUGACCUUAUAAGUCUUGACAACUACGCCGAUUCACUCAGUGCCGCAGACGUGUUCUGUCGGGUCGACCUACCCAGCUACCAGUCCAGCUCUGAUCAACCCACCGAUUCAUCCCAGCCACCAAUCACCGACAAGGCACGCCUUAGCUAUACGCUCGCCGCACCCCUGCUCCAAGUCGACCACAGCUCGGACUUCCUAAACCUCGACACCGCAUUCUCCACACAAACCCACCUUCUCAUCCAACGUACAUAUCCAGAUCUAUCCCGCAGCCACAGCCUCUCAUCGACUCCAAAUCUGCGAGCAGAAUCCGACUACGCUCGCGCCAUCCUCAAACACCGCAGAACCCUGAAUACAAAAACCUCCCUCACACGCCCCGACUUUGCAUUAGCCCUCGAUCCCCUCGCCGACCCACCUGACCAACUCCUCCCCGAACGCUCUUCCUUCAUUUUCAUACCGUCCUCCUUUGAUCGCACGUUCAGCAUCAUCACACUCGAUUUAGCGCCCUACGUCCGUAGUAUCGUUGCGCACGAGAUGAUGCUCGAAGAACAUCGUGUGAGAAUGUCGAGUGUCCUAAACACCGCUGGUGGAAUAGGAGGCAAGAGGAGUAGGACUACAAGAGCGAGUCGCGUGGCACUUGAAGGUGGUGUUAGGGAGACGAAGAGGAAGGACAGGUGGUUCGAUGCUGAUGUGGAUUUUGACGCUGUUAUGAGGACGGCAGGGAGGGGGUGGGCGGGGAUGGGUUGGAGGGGCAAGGUUGGGGUGAUGAGGGUGGAAGUGGAGAGGAAGGUACGGCGACGGCGACGGCGAGUUUGGCGGGAACUCAGGAUGGAGAUAUUAUUAUGCAGGGCUCAUUACAGGAUUGAGCUAGAGAUAUGA